AUGGGUUUGCAAGGACGUAUGGAAAAAUCAACCAGCGCUUCAGCCAAGUUCCAGCCGCAGCCCGACAUCCUGACGCUCCCUGCUCAUUCCUCUAUGCCGUUUGAAGGCGUCCACUUGGAUUUUGCGGAGAUCAGGAAGAAGUCGGACACUCACAGCAGGACUCAGUCCUUCCUGCUAGCUGUUGAUGAGUGUACACGAACAUUAGCCACACGAGUGGGAAAUGAGAACACUCACACUAUCAUAGCUCUCAUGAAUAGGGCCAUGUUCAAGAACACCAAAACCAUCGUGUCUGACAAUGGCUUGGCGUUUAAGAGCAAUCUUCUACAACAGUGGGCGGAAGAACGAGGGAUCACCCUCAAGUGCACGUCACCGUACCAUCCGGCUGCCAAUGGUCUGGCGGAACGUGCUAUUAGAGAUGUUAAGCAGUACAUAGCCGCAUACCACGCAUUUCCGGGAGGUUGGAAGUGUUAUCUCGAAGCAGCAGUCCACCAUCACAACCGUUCACAAAGUGCUGCUCUUGGAUGUUCUCCCCACUUCACGGUCACGGGGCAGCCCGCUAUUCUCAUUGCUGACAAGCACCUAGGCAUUGACCUGGAAAUACAGCUCCAAGAAAGACGGCACACCCCUCAGCAGGAACAAAACUACAGACUGUCUAUGAAGAGGUCAUAUGAUAAGCGACACUCAGCAAGGAUCCCGGGAAUCCAAGUGGGCGACCAGGUGCUCGUACGGAAAGAGGGCACAUGCACCUCUUAA